UAAAACUCCAGGUGCUCAGGGUGCACAGGUGCAAAUUUGGAAUUUCCACAAAGGUUGCGCAAAGUGCAAAAAAGUUGAAAAAUCAAUAGACAUGUCGGUGUGGAAUCGCAUUUUGGAUGCAUUAAUAGUGCUGGCUCACAUACUGAGCGACCGACUGCUGGAGCUUGUCCUGGGCUGGUUUCUGGGGCCGCACAAGCGUGUGUCAACGCCUCCGAGCGUUGAGCAACAGGUUAUACUGACCAAAAGCGCCGUCGAGCUGGCACAGCAGAUACGCGAACGUAAGCUCAAAAGUUACGACAUAGUGAAAGCCUACAUCGAUCGCAUUGAGGUGGUUAACCGGGACAUCAAUGCGGUAGUGGACGGGCCCUUUCAGCAGGAGGCCCUGGAGCUGGCCAAGAGCAUUGACACGAAGCUGCUCAACAAUGAGUACACCGCGGAGGAUUUGCGGAAGCAGCCCUUCCUGGGCGUGCCCUUCACCACAAAGGACAGCACAUCGGUGGCGGGCAAGCUGCACACCCUGGGCCUGGUGGCCAGGAGGACGGAGCGUUCCGCCGAGGAUGCCGAGUGCGUGAGACUCAUGAAGGAGAGCGGCGCCAUCAUCAUAGCCACGAGCAACGUACCCGAGGUGAACAAGUGGAUCGAGUCGAGGAACAUGCUGAUUGGCAACACCAACAAUCCGUACGAUCUGCGUCGCUCGGUGGGCGGCUCCUCCGGCGGUGAGGCCGCCCUGAUCGCCUCCUGCUGCACUGGCUUCGGCCUGGGCACGGAUAUUGGCGGCUCCAUACGCAUACCGGCCUUCAAUUGCGGCGUCUUCGGCCACAAGCCCAGCUCGGGAGCGGUCAACAUGGCUGGCUGCACCUUCCGCACGGGCAAGGAGAAGGACACGAUGGUCUGUGCCGGGCCCAUGUCACGUUCUGCCCAGGAUCUGCUGCCCAUUAUGCAGGUGCUGCUGGAACCAGAGCUAAAGUCUGUGCUGAAAUUGGACCAAAAGGUGGAUCUGAAGCGUCUGCGUUACUUCUACAUCGCCUCCAAUGGCAUGCCGCAGUGCAAUCCCAUCAAUAGCGAAACGGAACGCGUGAUGUACAAAGUCCGCAAGCAUUUCGAGAAUCUCAACGACGGGAAAGAUGUGCGUCAUGCUAAUCUACCAAAUACCAAACUGACCGGCAAGAUGUGGCGUUAUUGGAUGACCCAGGAGCCGGCCAACUUUAAUUUAUUGCUGGGCAACGGCGUCGAGCUAAAUCCCUUUGUGGAACUCUUCAAGAAGCUGCUGGGACAGAGUGAUUACAGCAUGGCUGCCAUUUACGGGCUAAUCGAUGGCGUUCUGCCCAAGGAGUCGGAGAAGCUGAUCCGCGAUGCCACCAAGAAGUGCAAGCAGGCCCUGCAGGAGCUCCUCGGCGACGAUGGCGUGCUCUUCUUCCACAGCUCGCCCCGAACAGCGCCGUUCCAUUACUAUCCUCUGGUCAAAUUUAAUGAUUUCGCUUAUUUCAGCUUGUUCAAUGUGCUGCGCCUGCCAGCCACUCAAGUGCCCAUGGGUCUGGAUGCGAAUGGUAUGCCGCUCGGCAUCCAGGUGGUGGCAAACAUCAAUAAUGACCGCCUUUGCCUGGCCGUGGCUGAGGAACUGGAGCGGGCCUUUGGUGGCUGGGUGCCGCCGUUCCCUCUCAAGAAUUGAAUUUAUUUUUGUUUUGUGAUUAUAUUGAUAUUGUAUACUCCUUUAGGUGAUUGGGUAAUGCUUGAGACUGUCGCGUGUGCAUUUUUUUGGAAGGAAUUUAAUUGAAUUGAAUAAAAUGUAUUAUUAUUAUCUCAA